GGCUUCCGCACCUGCAGCUUCACGUCAAAUCAGGAGGCACGCGCUACGCCAUUGCAUCCGCAUCUGCACACGGCAGGCCAGGAGGGUGUCAAGUUUCUUCUCCUCUUCUUCGACACGUCGCCAACGCUGCAGGGCAUAUCGACUUUCGACAGUAUACAUUUUUAAUCCCCCUGAGCCGAGCCCAUCAUGAGCGUCAGGGUCGUUGCGCGCAUUCGGCCUUUGCUCAAGCAGGAGCUGGAGAAGGACACCAUCGUCGAGGCCGCCCCAUCUGCCACCGAGCCACUCGCGACUCCCUCGAUUGUGCGCAUCCCGAAUCCGAAGAACGAGGCCGAGGCCUUCAGUUUCCAGUUCAACAGCGUCUACGAUCAACAAGCCACACAACAACAAGUCUUCGACGAUGAGAUUGCUCCCACCGUCAAACACCUGUUCAAAGGGUUCGAUGUCACCAUCUUCGCAUAUGGAGUCACCGGAACUGGAAAGACGCACACAAUGCGCGGAGGGAAGCUACUGGCAGAAAGAGGUGUCAUUCCGCGACUGCUCAGCAGCAUUUAUCGCAGGAGUCGCAAGAUUGAAAAGGAUACCGAAGGCAACACCAACAUCGACGUCUCGAUGAGUUAUUACGAAAUCUACAAUGAUCGCGUCUUUGACCUUUUCGAGGGUCCCGAGAAGCGCACUCCUGCUGGUCUACCCAUCCGUGACAACAAUGGAAAGACGGUUGUUGUUGGCUUGACCGAGAGACCUUGUACCUCAUUGAAGGACUUUGAGACGCUCUACGACCAGGCCAACGUCAACCGCUCCACAUCUGCUACAAAGUUGAACGCACACUCGUCACGCUCUCAUGCAGUCCUUUGCGUCAAGGUAACUCAAGUAACCGGUAACGAAGUUCGAGUAAGCACAGCAAGUGCCAUUGAUUUGGCUGGCUCUGAAGACAACCGCCGUACCGACAAUGGCAAGGAGAGAAUGGUUGAGUCAGCCAGCAUCAACAAAUCUCUUUUCGUUCUCGCUCAAUGUGUUGAGGCUAUCAGCAAGAAGCAAAACCGCAUCCCUUACCGCGAAUCAAAGAUGACCCGUAUUCUAUCUCUUGGUCAAAACAAUGGCCUGACAGUCAUGAUUCUCAACUUGGCUCCUGUCAGAAGCUACCACCUCGACACUCUGAGUUCAUUGAACUUUGCGAACCGCACAAAGAAGAUCGAGGUCAACGAAGUCGAGAACAGGCCCUUCUUCCGUACUGCACCCAAGGCCGAGUCCAAGUCUGGCACCACUCAGAUUCCUCUAGCAAAUCGUCAACCUCUGCGGCCUAAGGCGCUGUCGCAUAAUGUCGUCCCUAGCAAGGAACAGCCUGACAAGGUGGAGAAGCCUGUGAAAGCCUUCUCUGUUUAUUCCGAUAAGCCCAAGCCGACCAUCGCGCGACCAGGCCAUCUUUCUGGACAAGGCCACCCACGUAUGGCCGAAGCACAAAAGCGUACCAGCAGUGAGGCUGUCCCAACCAUCAACCGACCAGCCAAAGUCUUGAAGCCAUCAAUCGCCAAAUCCGAAGCAGCCAUGUCUCAAAAGUCAAUUGAAGAGCUCAUCGAAAAGAAGGUGGCUGAGAAACUCGCCGAACAAGCCCUCAGCAUGAAACUACCACCAGGAACCACCGAGCAAACGAUUUCCCCAGACGUACAGGCUAGGUUAAUCGCCCUCGAGCGCAGAGUUGUCGAUCAAGAAUCCGCACGCGCAGAGGGCCUUCGCUACCUCCUCAUGGCCAAACAACAUACCGUCCGCGGCGAAGACGUCAGCGCUUUGUGCAUGUACCGCCUUGCUCUCCCCCAUUUCCCAGACAAUGCUAAGCUCGCACAAAAAAUGCUCAAGCUGCAAGAGAAGAUCGCUCGCAAAGAAGAAGAACGCCGACCCAAAUCCAGCGGCGGUGUCCCCAUUUCCGAAGGAGCAGCAGAGGAUCUGAGGACUAGAAAGUACAGAAGUCAAGAAGAUGAUGAGGAGUAUCAAGAUGAAGGCCACGAAGAAGAAGAAAACGACGAAGAUGUAUUCGAUCAACGCACCGCAAAACCCAGACGCCCAGUUAUCCGCCGCAACCUAUCUGUUUUCCGCGACGAUGCAGCCCCUGCUGCACAACACCACGCCGAAUCAGACUCGGAAGACGAACUAGCACAUUCCCUCAUGCACACCGGACCCGACCAAACCCCCCGCUCCAAACACAUCUUGCGUAUAAUAAACAGCAAAGAUGUAGCACAGAUCCGUCUGCUCAAAGGAGUGGGAGCAAAAAAAGCAGAAAUGAUCGUCAAUGCGCUUUGUGAAAUGGAUGAUGAAGUCAGACAUGUAGGCGAAUUGGGCAGGUUGAAAGGUGUAGGUGUCAAAGGUGUUGAGAGGAUGAGAGAAGGCUUGGUCGGUGUGGUUGCUUGAGGAAAAUCCAUGAGUUUUCAGGAGCCAACAAAGUAUUUUUGCAUCUUUUGAUCUUGCGUUGGACAAGCAUGUGCAUUUUUUCUUUGACACGGAGUUUUUUUUUGGGGGGG